GGGAACCCGGCCCCGAGCCGCGGUCUCCCCUGCGGGCGGCUGCUGAGUGGCCUCGGCCGGCGGGCCAGCGACCUGCGUCAGGCCGGCGUUCCUGAGGGAGCUCGGGCCGACAGGCACGGACCCCAUCAAGAAUCCUUCCAAGUUGGAUUUGCUGCGAUUUCAGGGCGUAAGGAAGGACCAACAGCAGCACGGACCCCAUCAAGAAUCCUUCCAAGUUGGAUUUGCUACGAUUUCAGGGCGUAAGGAAGGACCAACAGCAGCACGGAAUUCCUUAGCCCUUAUUCCCAGGGGACGCUGAAUUGAGAGAUGAUAUCAAGUGGGUUAGAAUAUGACCUGAAUGAGUGAGGGGCAUGAAAAAGGCACUGUCAUCACGUGAGGCCAGCUGGAGUUGCAGCAGACACUCAGUCUCCUGAGCUGCCCCUGCAUUUCCAUGUUUAACCUCUCAGGAUGCCUGAGAGCCAGGGGAAGGACGGUGAGAUCUACAGCAGCAGCAGCAGCUCCAACACUGGGGACUCAGUGGCUUCCUUUGGACAAUAUCAAUACACAGCCAGUGAGUAUCGGACUAUUCAGCACGCGCUGCGUCAGAGGCUGGGCCCAGACUACAUCAGCAGCCGGCAGGCAGGAGGAGGGCAAAAGGUCUGUUACAUUGAGGGUCACAAGGUCAUCAGUCUGGCCAAUGAAAUGUUUGGCUUCAAUGGCUGGGCUCACUCAGUCACUCAGCAGAAUGUUGACUUUGUUGACCUCAACAAUGGCAGGUUCUAUGUGGGUGUCUGUGCUUUUGUGAAAGUUCAGCUCAAGGAUGGGUCAUACCAUGAAGAUGUGGGAUAUGGAGUCAGUGAAGGCCUGAAGUCUAAAGCCUUAUCCUUAGAAAAGGCAAGAAAGGAGGCAGUAACAGAUGGACUGAAGAGAGCACUCAAGUGCUUUGGCAAUGCCCUUGGGAACUGCAUCCUGGACAAGGACUACCUGCGAGCCGUGAACAAGCUUCCCCGGCAGGUACCCCCUGAGUUAGACUUGGUCAAAGCUAAAAUACAGGACUAUGAGCCUGAAAUAGAGAAAGCAAGAUACAGCAGCUAUGUGGAAAGGCAGAACGCAGCAGGGAGACAGCACUGUGAGGUGACACCUGUCUAUAAGCCUGGCCAGACAGAGGCUGCUGUUGUGACAGCAGAUCAGAAACAGCCCAACGCUCCCAGAAGCACAGACUCCUUAGCCAUGGAGUAUGAUGCCACUUACCAGAGGAAACUGCGCCAGAAGCGGCUGCAGCAGCAGUUCCGGGAGCAGAUGGAGAAAAAGCAGCAGGUCCCAGGAGUUACUCCCAGCAGCAAACAGGCAAAAUCCGAUGCUCCUGUGAAGCACAGCACUCCAGCAGAAGUCCAACAGGAGCUGGCGAUAGAAGAGGAGUUCUUUGCAGAUGAUCCUGAACUUUGGGACAUUUCCUUGGAGAGCACUGACCUAAAGGUAACGGGUGUCAAAGAAUCAGAGCCCUCACCAGUUGCUCACCAGGCACCCAAGACGCCCCAUGGCCAUCAGCAGAUGGGCACUCGCUGCAGGACACCCCACAGGGGGAACCAGCACAAAGCUGCUGCCAGGCUGCCACAGAUGCAGUCCCCUUCUGCAGCCCCCAGCACCAGCUGUGCCCACCAGCACACCCCAGGGUGCAGCCCCCUCAGGAGAAGUCAGAGCUUGAAGAAAAGGAGACUGGAACCUACGUGAGGCACCCAAAUGGAUCUGUGCCUCUGUCAUGGAUUACAUCACAAGGCUGCAGCUGGCUUUCCAGUCACAUGGACUCUGCUGUAAAUUAUAGUGAAGCAACAUGUACUCUUAGGUUAUUAUGUAUUGCAGAUGACUUUGUCUAUAACCAAGCCAUUAGUUGUGCUUCUACAGCACGAGACUUGUGGCCAUAUUACAAGUGGCUAUUACCCGUAAAUUGCCUUAAGCAGUAACAGAAUGGAUUGUUAAAAGUGAGAUGCAGUUCAUAGCUUGUCUCUCCCUCAGUGCUGCAUUCCAGCACAGAGACGAGAGAUGUUCAGUACAACGGGGAGCAGAGGGGUUGUGGCCAGGGGACAGAAGGCACAAGCUAUGGCUGAGCACUCGGCCAGGCCAGGGGUGCUGCUGGCAGUGUCUGGGGUGCAGCCCUGCCCUUUGCCAUGGCUGUGCAGCCGGGGCAGAGCCCCGAGCUCCUGUUCCUCUUCCUGAGCCGCCUCCCUGCAGUCCGUGCAGCGGCAGCGCCUCCAGCUGUUCUGUGCCUGAGGGCAGUAGCGCUGGGCCCGCCAGCCUCACACGGUAGCCCCGUGCUUGCUCCGAUCCUUUGGAACAUGAAUGGGAGCUGAACUGCUGUUUUUAAAUAAGCUUUCAACCCCUUUCAAUACAGAAAUAAACAUUAGUUUAAAAAACAAACCCCGCUGGGUUCAUGCCUCUCUGCCCUGCUGCGUGGCCUCGAAGGAGGCACCAUGUUCUGAAGUGAAAGGGGCAGCACUGCACCUGCACAGC